AUGUUCAGGUGUAAAGCAAUCAAUGACAUGCUCAAUGAGGAGUUUCUGAGCAACUGGGGCUACCUCACUGUGGUCCCUCGCAAGAAUGAAGAGGAGGCGGUGCUGGAAUGUAUCACUGACGACGAGGAGCCUGACCUUCACUGGACGAGGAUAGAUGAGACUCCCAUCGCGAAAAACAGGACAAUUAGAAAAGGUCAAGGGUCCCUAGUAUUUCCCAGCGUCUCGGAACAAGACACCGGCGUCUACAAUUGCACCGCCGUCAGCAAGAAGAGCAGGGACCCGAUCAGUACUCAGAUGAUCGAGUUCACUAUGAUGACGCCGCCGAGGGUUCAGCUCUCCAUGAGCGUCAGCAAGCGCCCCGUUCCACUCAACACCAACGUCAGCAACGGAGAGACAGUGCGGAUCACCUGCGCCACGUGGGGCACACCUGCACCCUCCAUCUCCUGGUACAAGAAUGGAAUCCUGCACGUGGAGACUGGCCGCCACAAAUUCACCAAUAAAAAUUCAACCAAAACCUUCAACUCGGAGGACUUAUUCAUUGGCAUCAUCAUGUCCACACAGUACGUGGCAGCUCAUCGCACUUGUGUCUAAAAUAUUUAGUCACAAUGGUUCCUAAAAAUCCACAUCCAGAAUAUUAUGAUUCUGCAGACUAAUAAGUAAUACUUUCUUUUUGCAUAAUUGCAGCAA